GGGUGUAGGCCUCGCUGUACGAUCAAACAUGUUUCUCUAGACGAUGAUCCCAGAUAUGCCGCCCUCUCAUAUGUGUGGGGCCCUCCCAGCAAUGAGCGCUUCAUGAUUGUGGAAAAAAACGACGAGCAGUUUCGUCUACCAAUCACAUCGAAUUUGAACUCGGCACUGAGCAACAUCGACAAGGAAGGUUAUCUUUGGGUUGAUGCUAUUUGCAUCAACCAAACCGAUGACAUCGAGAAAACUUGGCAAGUCCAGCAGAUGUGGAACAUCUUCCCCAAAGCCGACCAUACAGCUGCAUGGCUAGGAAGGAUCGAGGAAGAA